GGGUGCCAUUCCCUGAACAUGGUCUCGUCUUCCCCACCUCCGCCUCCCGCUUCCCUGUCCCGGGCCAGCAGUGGCUGGCGCACCCAUUCGCCCAGGCCCGGGUUCACAAGGGGCGGGAGAAGCUCCCGCCAGUGCCGUUCCCGCUGGAGACGCCGAGAGAACUCAAGUGAGAGAAGGCACCGCGCCCCCAUCCAACGCCAUUUUGGAGACUCGGCUCCUCUCUUCAAUUUUGAACAGUCAAGUCAGCAGGGAGAAGAGAAGAUGGCGCCGAGCGGGAGAAGCGGAGAAAAGCAGGACGAUAAAUCCUGCUUCCAAACUGGAAGGGUAAACAACGGUGCGAAACAAGGAAGUGCGCAGGCGUACAGCUUUCGCUGAUUUAAAACUCAAACAGCAGGGAGGGUGGGUCUACUACGUGGUCGCGGGACGAGACCUAUUUUACGCCGAGAAGGAGCGGAGCAGAACGGCGGGGCCGCCCAGUCGCGGGAGGCGGGAGGCGGGAGGCGGAAGUCCAGGGCGCGCAUGCGCACCGCAGGUCCCUGAGGCUCUGAAGGAACUGGCGGAAGCGAUCUUUACAAGAUGGCGGCCGAGGCGGACGGGCUGCUUAAACGGGUGCUGGUGCCGAUUCUUUUACCUGAGAAAUGCUACGACCAAUUUUUCGUCCAGUGGGAUUUGCUUCACGUCCCCUGCCUGAAGAUUCUCCUUAGCAAAGGCCUGGGGCUGGGCAUUGUAGCUGGGUCGCUGCUGGUGAAACUGCCUCAGGUGUUUAAAAUCCUCGGAGCCAAGAGUGCGGAAGGGCUGAGCCUGCAGUCAGUCAUGCUGGAACUAGUGGCAUUGACUGGGACCAUGGUCUACAGCAUUGUCAACAACUUCCCCUUCAGCUCUUGGGGUGAAGCACUAUUCCUGAUGCUCCAGACAGUCACCAUCUGCUUCCUGGUCCUGCACUACAGAGGACAAACUGUGAAAGGUGUGGCUUUCCUAGUGUGUUACGCUCUGGUCCUGCUGAUACUGCUUUCACCACUGAUGCCCCUGGCCGUGAUCACCAUACUCCAGGCCUCCAAUAUGCCUUCUGUGGUGGUGGGGAAGCUGCUCCAGGCAGCCACCAACUACCGCAAUGGGCACACGGGCCAGCUCUCGGCCAUCACAGUCCUUUUGCUCUUUGGGGGCUCCCUGGCCCGAAUCUUCACCUCCAUUCAGGAAACUGGAGAUCCCCUCAUGGCUGGAACCUUUGUGGUCUCUUCCCUCUGUAACGGCCUUAUUGCUGCCCAGCUUCUCUUCUACUGGAAUGUAAAGGCUCCUCACAAGAAGAAAAAAGAGUAGUAGGGCUGAUCCGGCUACUAGAGUCCAUUCCAUGUUUCUAUUCAUCCACCUAAUCUCAGGGUCCUUCUGAGCCAGCCUACUGGUGUGACUUUUAAUCAUUCCCCGUUUCUCUGCAGAUGCAACUUUUUGAGCCAGCAUUUGUGUUUCCGUGGAAAGGCAUAGAUGGUAGACCCAAUCCUUAGAAAGGAAUUGGGGUAGAGAUUUUCAGGCUGACAUGAUAUUGAUUGUGCACUGUCCUAAUUUAACCAUUUGCUGAACUUCUUUUAGCAAUUUCUAGCAACUUACCUCCCCUGGGCAAAAGUCUUGCCUGCCCUCCCAUCUCCCCACGUUCCUUUUGGCUUUAAGAGGACAAAGCCUGGACAGUGCAAGGGACUAGGGGCUUAUGGCUGCCUCCCUCCCCCAGCCUGGCUGGGACUGUCUCCUGGACCCCAGUGCUGGGUGGGAGGCAGGGGAAGGGGGAUGGAGAAUGACUCAGUCAGGGCCCCAGGGUGGGGUGAGGAGGUUCCUGCUCUGGCAGGUCCAGGCAAAAGGGAGUGGAGAUGAUGCUGGUUCCUGUUGUAGUGAGGGGGAACAGAGAUGGGGCAAUAAAGACGCAGAGACAUGGCUUAAUUGUA